AUGACUGAAUAUCGUUUGCUCCUUGCUGGUGCUACAGGCUAUAUUGGAGGGUCGAUUCUUACUGGCCUUCUUCAGUCGAAGAAUGACGCUCUGUGCAAAGUCAAGAUAUCGGCUCUGGUCAGGGGCGAGGACAAAGCCGUGGUGCUCAACCAACUGGGUGUGCAGCCUAUUGUGGUCUCAGAUUACGGCGAUUUUGAGACAAUCCGGAAGGCAGCCCGGGAACAUGAUGUUGUUAUCAACGCUGGGUUUGGACUCCAUCCUGGUGUUGGAAAAGCACUAGUGGAAGGCUUGGGAGAGAGAAAGAAGGAAACCGGCAAGGAUGCAUACAUUAUCCAUACGUCCGGUGUGUCUAACAUCGCGGACUUGCCUCUCAGCGGUAGAUUCAUUGAGACGCGUGUUUUCAGUGAUAAAGAUGAUAUCUACACAUAUGAGGAAGGGCGAGAGUCACAGAUACCAUACCCACAGCGUACAACUGAGCUGACUAUUAUCAACACUGCGGAUAUGCUCAAUGUGAAAGCAUACAUCAUAUUCAAUCCUAUUAUUUAUGGGAUUGGACUGGGGCACUUUAACAAGUUCUCCUUUCAGAUUCCAUUUCUUAUUAGGAAGUCUCUUGCGCACAAGCAAGCCAUCAUGGUUGGUAAGGGAGAUGGAAUCUGGGGCCAUGUCCAUAUCGAAGAUUUGGUGGACCUAUAUCUCCUUAUCCUGGAGAAGAUAGUCCUUUCAAAGGCGGAGGGCAUCCCAGUCAACAGAAAAGGGAUCUACUGCUCUGAGGCAGGUGAGAACACAUUCCUUGAUAUCUCAAGGGAGAUUGGAAAGGCUGGUAAGGCUCUGGGAGUAUUUAAGGCAGAUGAGGUGAUGAGUAUGUCGUUGCCAGAAGCAACCAAGGCCAUCGGAUUUGAUGAGGCGGUGGUGGAGUUGGCUUUUGCAUCCAAUGCCCGCACCAAGUCAGACCGUGCUCGUGAACUGUUUGACUGGAAGCCAAAGAAGACGUUCGAGGAUUUCAAAAAGAGUAUUCAUGAUGAGUUCAAGGCGCUGUAUCAGGGUAGAUGA